CGCGGCGGCACCUCCACACUUGCACUUGGUUGGAGCUUCUUCUCCUUUUUUUUUUUCCAUUGCUCCUCUGCUUCGCGUCGCCUCGCGUCUCUUCUCUCCCUCCCCCGGCAGGCAAACAGACACAGCAGAGCGCAGGAACACAGAGCGAGAGAGAUCAAUCGAGGCCAUGGAGGGCUACGACCGCGAGUUCUGGCAGUUCAGCGACACGCUGCGCCUGCAGACGGCCGCCUUCUCCGGCCUAUCCCUCGGCGACUCCAUCUGGUCCCCCGCCACCGGCGGCGCCGCCGCCGGGGCUGACCGGCGCAACAACAGCACCAACGACCUCUUCGCCGCAUCCGCAUCGCCCGCCGACACCACCGCCGCCAAGAACGUCGGCGGCGUCGGCCUCAGACUCAAUCUCAACGAUGGCGGGCCAGGCCUCAUCGGCUCCGGAAAGCUCGCCUUCGGCGGCAGCAAGGCCGACCGCUACAACAACCUCCCCGCCACCACCGAGAAGGCCGCGUCCGCGUCCGCGUACAACAACAACAUCAACGUCAACGCCGGCUACGCCAAGAACAACAACAACAACAGCGCCCUGGCGUUCAACAAGAUGGGGAUCUACGGCUACAACACGAACAACAGCAACAUCAGCAACAACAGCAGCAGCGGGGAGGUGAAGAGCUACUUCAACAAGUCCGCCGGGAGGGCGGCGAGCAACAACAGCCACGGGCACGGGCACGCCGGCGGCAAGAAGGGAGGGGAGUACGGCAAUAAGAAGAAGCACGGCAAGAACGAGGGCAACAACGGCGGUGGCGGAGCGGGGGCCACGGACAAGCGGUUCAAGACGCUGCCGGCGUCGGAGGCGCUGCCGCGGGGGCAGGCCAUCGGCGGGUACAUCUUCGUCUGCAACAACGACACCAUGGACGAGAACCUCAGGAGGGAGCUCUUCGGGCUGCCGUCCAGGUACAGGGACUCGGUGCGUGCCAUCCGCCCUGGGCUGCCCCUCUUCCUCUACAACUACUCCACCCACCAACUCCACGGCAUCUUCGAGGCCGUGAGCUUUGGCGGGACCAACAUCGACCCGACGGCGUGGGAGGACAAGAAGUGCCCCGGCGAGUCGCGCUUCCCUGCACAGGUGCGGGUGGCAACGCGGAAGAUCUACGACCCCCUGGAGGAGGACGCCUUCCGCCCCAUCCUCCACCACUACGACGGGCCCAAGUUCCGGCUCGAGCUCUCCGUCACCGAGGCCCUCGCACUCCUCGACAUCUUCGCCGACAAGGACGACGCCUGAUCCUAGAUCCUCCUCAUCGGAUCGUCAGGGACUCGAGGCUUGGAACUUGGAUGAAUGAACAAUAAUGGAUGGACAUGUAUCCCGUCCUACGAGACGGGAGUAUACACACCAGCACGGUGGAGUACUAGUAUAUUAAUUAAUAAUUAAUAUAAUAUAUCCACCUUUGUUUGAUGUUAUGGGCUAUGUAUGAGGCACGCGUCCAAUUGUUUUGUUUUUAUAACACUUGUGCGAUGAUUGCAGAGAACUAGCCCUCGUUUUUGUAAGAUAUACUCCCACUAAGAUAUCUGUAUUGUUCGGGUCUAACUGACAUGUAUAAACAUCUGUGAAAUAAUCUGUUCUUGUGCGAA